GGUAGGUGGUGCUAGAACACUUGCUGUAUGGAAUCUUGUUCUGUAAUAUGGGGGAAGAGGAAGGACUGCAUCAAACACAAUUAUUGCAACAGAGGCUUUGGGAAUACCUCCUUUUUACACACAUCGUUCAUGUAAUCCAAAGUGAUCUGGAUGGGGGUGAAUAAACUGAAGCUUAGUCUAGGCAUAAUGGAGGUACUGGUGGUGACCAUCACACACCAGCAAGGAAUAGGACACAAUGUUCGUACGUGGACUGAAGAGGAAAUGUAUUGAUGGAGAAGAAGAUAUCGAAGGAACUUUAGCUGGUUUUAAAGCUAUUCCUUCAUACAACCUUCAACGCCAGUCAUUGCUAGACAUGUCUUUGGUUAAACUUCAACUCUGCCACAUGCUUGUUGAGCCUAAUCUGUAUCGUUCAGUGCUUAUAGCCAAUACAGUGCGGCAGAUCCAAGAGGAAAUGACCCAAGACGGAACUUGGCAGAUGAUAAAUGCACAGAGCACAGGACCAACCUCUCUAGACCGUCUGGUUUCAACAGAUAUUCUCUGUCGUUCCUCCAAGGAGCAAGCUGAAGAAAAGCUUGUUCAAGGUUAUAGUGGCUUCUCAAAAGACUUUGAAGACACACAUUCAGAAGAGAGUUCAGAAAUCAUAAGACCAGCUCCACUACAAGCUCCCAGAAACCUGCAGAGUAACAUGUGGGAAAUGGAGAGCCCUCCAGAAAAUAGAGGAACUUUCCAUAAGUCACUAGAUCAAAUCUUUGAAACCUUAGAAACAAAAACUCCUGACUCUGUUGAAGAUCUCUUUUCAGAAGUUGACAGUUCCUAUUAUAAUCUUGAUACAGUAUUAACGGGAAUGAUGGGCAGUACAAAAAUGGGACACUGUGAUGUACUUGAAACAUUUCCUCAAGCAACAGCAAAUUCUAACUCUAACUGUAAACCUGACCUUAAUGAGCUUGAUCAUUUUGUGGAGAUUCUUGUUGAAUCUUGAGACAGAGUGAAGGAGACAUCCUUUGACGAAGCCAGAUCCUGAGUAGUAAUGCUUCCGAAUAGCUUGUCCUCUCAAAGCUGCACAUGAUCUUCCAAAAAAGCACUUCAUUUUGCAAAGUUGUGUUAAUGCAUAAAGUUAACCUGCAACUUGUAGUGUUUGAAUUGUAAGUACGUAUUUUCAAUGGUCACAAUUCAGAGAGGUAUUCUAGGCACGUCUACAGAUGUUGCAUGCCGUCGAAGCCUCCUUAUUUUAUCCGUUGUGACACCCCAUGCCAUGUCAAACUGCAUUGGAAACUUCCAGGGGUUUCAGUAGUGGCUGGGCAUAUCAAAAGACUCCUGGGUGCACUGGGUUAAUCACACCAUUCCUCUUUAUUGUGCCCAUACGUUCCCCACCCCUUCUCCCUGGGGCUUAACACUUGCAACACCAGAUUGUUUUCCUAAUUCCUUCUAGCAUUUAGAAGGAACAUAAAUUGGUGUGGCAAGAUUACUCUUCCCUUGACCAUCUCAUCUUCUCUUGUAAGGUGCAAGAUAGACUUUAGUCCUCAACUUACAAAAGGAUGGUUAUAAAGUCUUCUGCUUGAGUAGCAACACAUAUUGUCUAGGCUGAGAACUUCAGCAUUCCCUUGCAUUUGCUCUUUCUGGUUUUAUCAGUUGAUUUUAAUGGGCCUACCUUCAAAGUAAUUGGCUUGAGGACCAAAAACUUUCCCUCUUUCCUUGAUUCCAAGUAAAUGCUUCACUGACUUCUCUGUUAAUUUACCAUAUGAACUCUUGGAAGAGCCAUAAAGCAGCAGUUCCCAUUAUCCUAGGUAGCUUUCUGUCAUUCUUUAUUUUCUGUUUUUAAAAUAGUUAAUAGUUUUUAAAAGUGUUUAUCAGUGUUCAGAAUCUUUCACCUAUUUUCAGAAAAUAUAUUUUUGCUACAAAACUUCUGCCAACUGCUUAUUUAAUAUCCUGAAAUAUUUGCAGUUGUAUUUUUUUAAAUCGCUUUGAAAAAGGGAUUUUUUUCAUACCAUGGGCCUCCCUUGGUAGUUCAGUCAAAGUGUGUAAAUAUGCAACCUUUAAGGUAGGAGCAGUUGUCAGCAUUCAGUUUUUGCAGUACUAUGUAAAGUAGCCUUCUCCAACCUGGUGCCUCCAGACAUUUUGAACUACGUGACAUUUUAGAAUUUUAAUUCUCAUUAGCCCCAGCCAACACAGUCAUGUUGGCUGGGGCUAACAGGAGUUGUAGUCUUAGAACUAUCUGGAGGGCACCAGGUUGGAGAAUGCUGAUGUAAAGAGUCAGGUUUCUCAUGUCAUGUGAACGUCAGAGGAGGAGCACUCAUCAGGCUGUACGAGCUCUUGAUGUCUUCAGUUCAAGCCAUGUUUUUGUUAUCUUCAAGCAUAAAUUAUGUGGGUUUUAUUUAUAAGUAUUUAUAUGUAUAAGUCAUCAAGUGAUUUAUUUGGCUGAAGUUUACCAUCCUACUUCUCUGUGUUUGGGGGGGAACACCCCCACAUUGCACUAAUUACUACAAGACUGUUACAGAGGCUUUUCAAGAGUCUUCUCCAAACAUAAUUUGCUCCAUUCAUGCCACGUGUGAAUAUGCAUUAAGCUGAGUCAUGAUUCAGCUGAGUCAUUAUUAACAGAUCCAUAGCAGGUUAAGGUCAAGAAAAAAAUGCACUUGUUUGAGUGCAUGUACAUUGUCUUAACUCCUAAAAGCGGUUUCUGGUGAGAGUGCAUUAUGUGAUAAUAUUUGCAAUAAAAUUGCCCAAUUUUUGCCUUGGUAAACUGGCGAUACAGGAAAUGUAACUGCAUGGUGGGAAAAUGGAAAGUGCUGUGAGUACUUUGAUUCCUUUUUUUGGGAGGAGAGUUCAUGUUCCUGUUUGACAAAUAAUUUUAGCUACUUUGCAUCAGUUUGCAUUGAUCAAUGAAAAAUUGGAAAACGUUCCUUUAAAAAAAACUCAUUCUGAUUUCUACAGUCGCGACACUGUAUUCAGAACACAAAUCUCAAAACAUUGGACGCCUUAUCUCCCAGCAGAGAGUCAUAAUAUCUUUGUGCCAAGGGAGUUGCCAUAACCUUCAAAGCCAGUAUGGGUGUGCACCAUACAACCAGAACAACUCUUUCAAAGCAUAAAUAGCCUUGUCAUUGUAUAUGUAUAGCUAAAUGUCUUUGUCUUAGUUUAGGUUGCAAUUUGAGACCACUUUGCAUAACUAGCCCCCUGUGAGGUGAACAGGGCUGCUUACAUGGAAGGGGUUUUAUGAUUGUGGCCUUAACGUGCUUCUGAAGCACCUCGUUUUAAAACAGCAAUGUUUGUUUUCCAAUUCUGGCAGGUAGAUGCCUAUUUCUGUAACUCAGUUUUUGUGCCAGACCAUGCAGUUUGUAAGGGGACCUUUCUAAUGCAUUUGAAAGUGAUUAAUGUUUUUUUAUAUUAAAGUUGAAUAUAAAGUGA